AUGGCCGGCUUGAGUGCUCUAGCAAUCUAUUUCUUCUGGAGAUGGCACUAUUCUAGAGAGUCGUUCCCUUGUUUCUGGACCAGUCAAGACUGGUAUAAUAUUAAGGUGCUUAAGCGAGAUAAUAAUCAUCUUACUGAACCUCUAAGCGAUAGCACAGCGGCAUCCUGGACCCGACGCCUAUAUAGUGAGGCAGGGAUCAAGAGCUCCAAGGUAACACAUGCAGGAUGGGUCUCUGGGGCUAGACUUGCUGAGUUGAAUGGAGUCUCUGAAGAUCAGAUUCGCCGGGGCGGUCGCUGGAAUGCAGACCAGAUGACUGGUUGUUACUUGACUACUCUGCCUCAAUCCUUUAUGCAUGGUAUCGCAGACUUUGACCCUGACUAG